AUGGUUAAGGCUGUUGCAGUUAUUCGUGGCGAUUCUCCUGUCACUGGCACUAUCACUUUCACUCAAGAAUCUGAGAAUGCUCCCACCACCGUUGAGGCCACCGUCUCUGGUUUGACUGAGGGCAAGCACGGUUUCCACGUCCACGAGUUUGGUGACAACACCAACGGCUGUACUUCCGCUGGUGCUCACUUCAACCCCUUCGGCAAGAAGCACGGUGCCCCCGAAGCUGAAGAGCGUCAUGUUGGUGACUUGGGCAACGUUGUUGCCGAUGCUAAUGGCAAGGCUACCUUGAAGAUCACUGAUAGCCAAGUCAAGUUGAUUGGUCCCCACUCUGUUAUUGGCCGUACCAUCGUCGUUCACGCUGGUGAAGAUGAUCUUGGUCUUGGUGGUCAUGAACUUUCCUUGACCACUGGCAAUGCUGGUGACCGCUGGGCUUGCGGUGUCAUUGGUGGUAAAGUAUCAAAUCGAAUCGCGUGGAAAUUUCAACCAUGCGCUACGCGUCGGCAUAUGACUAAUCAAUCAAUCAUCAUCUCUCUUGUAGUCGCCAAGUAA